AUGGUGGUGGAUACCAAGUUGUAUGAUGUGCUGGGCGUUGCUCCCGAUGCAUCUGAUGCAGAAAUCAAGAAGGCGUACAAGAAGCAGUCCCUAGCCAACCAUCCUGACAAAAACCCUGGCGAUGAGACGGCGUCGGAGCGGUUCCAGGAAGUGGCGAAUGCAUACGAAGUACUUUCGGAUCCAGAUGCCCGUGCUGCCUAUGAUCGCUAUGGAGAGACAGAUGGCAAUGGUCCAGGCGGUCCAGGCAUGAAUAUGGAUGAUAUUUUCGCAUCGAUGUUCGGCGGUCCGUCGUUCGGCAUGGGCAGUGGCCCACCACGCCGUGCGCAAGACUCUGUCAUUCCGUAUAGUGUGACGCUAGAAGACCUGUACAAUGGAAAGACAGCACACUUCGCACUGGAAAAGAAUGUCGUGUGCUCUCACUGCCAAGGCACUGGUGGCAAGACAGGCGCUAUGCCGAAAGACUGUGUUACGUGUGGUGGCAAGGGACGUGUGUUGCAGCAACGUCAUGCUGGCAACGGCAUGAUCUCGCAGACAGUAGCGCCCUGCUCCGACUGCGAUGGUAAGGGCAAGAAGUUCCGUGAGAAGGAUCAGUGCAAAAAGUGCCACGGCAAGACGGUCGUGAGUGCCAAGACGCGCUUGCGUUUGGAGGUGCCGCGUGGUGGCUACAACGGCCAGCGCAUUGUGUUUGAGGGCGAAGGUGAUCAGUUGCCGAACUCCAAGCCUGCCUCCAUCAUUUUCGAACUGGAACAGAAACCGCAUGACACUUUCGAAGUGAAGAAUUUGGACUUGCUUGCCAAGGUCCGCAUCCCUCUCUCGGAAGCACUACUUGGCUUCUCACGCACCAUUCUUACCCAUCUGGACGGUCGUCAUAUCCAUGUCACUAAGGCCAAAGGCGAUGUCAUUCGCCCUGGCCAAGUCGAUGUGAUUAAGGGCGAAGGUAUGAUGGACCAGCGCUACUACGACCAAAAGGGCGAUCUUUACAUCUCAUGGGACAUUGAAUUCCCAUCCAAGGAGUGGGCUCAAACGGUUGAUGAAGAGACUUUGGCUUCGCUGCUGCCGCCGAAGCGCCCUAUUUUGCCGACCAACAGCGACUCGAUUGUGGACGAGGUCUCACUUUCUCCAGGUUCUAUGGAUAUGUACGGUGCGAAUAUGGGUACACGCCCUCGCGGCCACGACCAUGACCACUUUGACUCGGACGAACCAAAUGUCCAAUGCGCUCAGCAGUAG